CUACUCUCCAUUGCAUUUUUUUUUUUUAAUUUUUGAUAUAAUCUCUCUUCAACCGACUCGUUUGCGCUACAACUGCCAUAAACAUACAAUCUGCCAUUCUCAUCGCGGAACGGAGUCCAUCCAAUUGUCGAAGGUGGGCUGAUCUGCGCCGGAGUCUCUGUGGGGUGUGAUGGGUCCCAAGAAAGAGAAGAGCAGUUUGAAGCGGAAUCGGCAUAGCACCGGUGAGGACCAGGAGAUCAAGAAACCGCGAAGAUCGCAGAGGAUUUCUUCGCAGUCUCAAAAUGAUCCCCUGCACACGCCUCUCAAAAACCAGUAUCUGCCUUCUCCUCUAACGAACCAUGAGUCCACUGCUACCGAGACAUUCAAAGAACACACGGCGACCCCUCCAGAAGGCCGCCCAAGCCAGAUUCGUCAUGUCACGCCUGUAGCCUCGCCGCCACUUCUCCCCCAAUCCUCACCUCCUCAAGACACUCAGCCUUUAUCCCAGUUCGUCUACCCUCCUCGAGACAUUGAGCCUGACUUGAACGAUGAGGACGGGACGUGGGGCUAUCUGUUUCCCAUGACCGAGAAUGGUCAUAGGCUGCAGAUGAAACGACGAGCAUUUUGUCCCGCUCCCGCUAAGCCGCUCGAGGUCUCGAGGCAUACUGUUAAGAGCAAAAAGCGAGGCAAGAGGGAACUGGUUGAAGCCGAGGUAGAAUAUGAGCAUGAGAAAACGGGCAAAGGGUUUCCAGCGAGCGGAUACCUGAUCGGGAGACAUCCAGAAUGUGACAUGAUCCUUGACAUUCCAACAGUCUCGAACCGCCACUGCCUCAUCUUCAACGAAACAAGAAACGGCGAUGCGGUCGCUAUUCUCGAGGACUUGUCCAGCAAUGGAACCUUUGUCAACGAGGCCUUUUUGGGCCGGAACAAGAGGAGGCAACUGGAAGACGGCGACGAGAUUACAAUCUUGGAUGAGGCUCGAUUUGUCUUUCGCUACCCAAGAAGCCGAGACUCGAGUGCCUUCAAUUCGCGUUACCGGAUCCUCCAACAGUUGGGGAAGGGCCAUUUUGCCACUGUGUACCUCUGUGUGGAAAGAUCAACAGGUUUCAAGUUCGCCGUCAAGAAGUUCGAACGUCGCAUGGGAGAGUCUCAGCGGUCGCAGACGGAAGGGCUAGAACAGGAAAUUGCUGUGUUGAUGAGUGUCAGCCAUCCCAAUGUCCUUUGCUUGAAAGAGACAUUCGAUGAGCCGGACGGGGUUUACCUGGUCCUGGAGCUUGCUGCUGAAGGCGAAUUGUUCAACUUGAUUGUGACGAAACAGAAGUUGACAGAGGCCGAGACCAGGAAGAUCUUCAUCCAGUUGUUCCAGGGGACUAAGUAUCUGCACGAACGGAACAUUGUUCACCGCGACAUUAAACCGGAGAACAUCUUACUGACCGACAAGAAUCUGUCGGUCAAGCUGGCAGAUUUUGGCCUGGCUAAGAUCAUUGGCGAGGAGUCCUUCACAACUACGUUAUGCGGUACGCCAAGUUAUGUUGCACCUGAAAUACUGGAGAAUACACGCCAUCGAAAAUAUACCAAAGCAGUUGAUGUCUGGUCUCUCGGCGUGGUCCUGUACAUCUGUCUCUGCGGGUUUCCUCCAUUUUCCGACGAGCUCUACUCACGAGAGAAUCCAUACACCCUAGCCCAACAGAUCAAAAUGGGGCGGUUUGACUAUCCAUCACCGUAUUGGGACUCUAUCGGCGACCCUGCGCUGGAUCUCAUCGACCGCAUGCUCACAGUGGACGUGGAGAAGCGAAUCACCAUCGACCAAUGCCUCGAACAUCCCUGGACAAGGAACCUGGGCUACAUCAACCCUGCUGAUUCACUGGACGGCCUCACCGGGCAAAUGAGUGCGUUUGACUUCUCCAAACGAAAAGUCCAACGGGAACGCACGUUGCUAGCCAACAUCAACGAUGUCAAAGUGAGCAAAGUAGUAGACCUCAAUGGUGGCCAGCAGAUCCAAGGCCAGCCAACCCACAUUCCUGGUUCACCAGCACAUGUGAAGGUGUGGGAUAAGAACCCCAGUGGGAAGAAUAUUAGGAUGAGCCCUCCGAAAGACAACAAGGGGAAGAAACAAAAGGAUGACGGUGGAGCUGCCGACAAGAGUGAAGUUGACGGCAAGAAGGAGGAACAUCCCGCGGCGAACAGGCAGCAGGAGGAAUUCAUGCAGAUGGGCGGCAAAGGCGACAUGCGUUUGUUUGGGGAUGACGCCUCUUCGAGGUAUUUGCCGGAAGAGGUGCCCGAGGACAAGAAAAAAUGAACAUGGAGGGCCGGGAUUGACAUGCGUUACGACGUUGGUCAGCCGAUGUUGAUUGGGAUAUGUGGAUCGCAAUGACGCUGUUUUAUGCAUCGCUUGGGGUUGGCUUGGAUGAUAUCCGACUUGAUUGUGUGAUUUUUGUUUUCAGACCCAAGUCUGAACUUUGCUGGGAAAAGCACCGGCAAAGGACCCACGGAAUGACUGCACGAGAGGACACGAGCUUGAACACGAGGCGAAACGACACACGGACGGAAUCAAGUACACGACGCUGCAUAUAUUGGAAACCUGGUUUUCUAUUGUCCUUGGUACGAGGUGCUGCAGACAUGGCCCAAGAGGGGCAGCGGGUCACUGUGCAUAAUUGUCCAUGUACAUGUCUGUACAUGUUUGCGGCCUGAGGGGGUUUGGGGGUUUAUUCGAAUAUCGUCACGGCGGCUUAUCGUGAAUGGAUGGCGUGUGAAGUUGAACGUGCAUGGGCAGGCGGCAGGCCAUACAUCAGUCUUGGGGUUUCUCAUAUCAUAUCAUGCCGCGCGCACGCCCGGCGUCUUCCAAAAGUCGGAAAAAGUCUUGUUUCAUUCCUUGGAUCGGGGUAUACAUAGGAUACUGGGUGUUAUGGUUGGGUGUCAGGGAUCGGGCUUUGGGGGAGAGGAGGGCCGGACGACGGGAGAAUCCCUGGCUGUGUAGCUGGGUAGCUAGCCACCGGGCAUGCAGUGUAAUAGGACUGUGUAUUGGUAUGGGCAUCCUCAAAAGGUGUGUCGAGAGUCGAGGGUCGAGUUCUCACCCAGCCCAGUCUUAUGCUUCUGCUUCUGCUUCUGCUCCUUCGCAUCAUCGGACGUU